AUGGCAGGUUUAUUCAAAAGAUUGUAUGACUGGCUACUAAGGUUAUUUUGGGCCACGGAGAUGGACAUUACAAUGAUAGGUCUACAGAAUGCGGGAAAAACAUCCUUACUAAGGAUUCUUGCUGGUGGUGAAUUCACACUUGAGUCGGUUCCAACCGUUGGAUUUAACAUGAAGCGAGUAACUAAAGGUCACGUAACCCUCAAGUGUUGGGAUCUAGGCGGACAGCCGCGAUUUCGAACAAUGUGGGAAAGAUAUUGUCGAGGCGUUAAUGCAAUUGUCUUUAUAAUCGACUGUGCUGACAGUGAAGCUAUGCCGGUUGCAAAGGAAGAACUCCAUGCCUUGGUAGAAAGACCGUCCUUGAAAGGAAUCCCUCUACUGGUCCUAGGAAACAAGUCUGAUCUUGAGGACAGGUUAUCUGUUGACGAGUUGAUUGAAACCUUGGAUCUGAUUAGUAUAUCUGAUCGUGAGGUGUCAUGUUAUGGUAUUAGUGCAAAAGAGGAGACAAACCUUGACGCUGUACUACAAUGGUUAGUUGCUCGCGCCGGAAAGUAA